GGCUCCAGCAGAUGAUAUGUUAUUGCUUUUCAUGUUUCUCUCCUUCUCCAGACUUUUCUAUUUCCAUCAUUCAAGAUUUUUAUGUAUUUUUUAUUUUCAGAAACCUGCAGGCUCUUUUAGAUGUCUCCUGGCAAAGUGUAAUGGGACCUCCCUGAGUGUAGUUAGUGGUUUGCAUUUCAUUGUUCUCUGUAUUUGAAAAACAACUUUUGUAGAACUUUUGGUAAAUUGUGGAGCUUGAUAAUGAUACACUCGUCUCCUCAGCAGUGAUCUUAUCUUGGUCAGAUAAUUCUGUCAACUAUGGAAAUAAUUCUGUCUUCAUCCACUUUACCUCCUUUGGUUUUUGAGCCUUUUGGUGUUGCUCAGCUCGCCAUUCCUUCUUUUUACGAAUGGACUAAAUUAUUGAUUUGGCCCUCCUAGAGCCUUUUCUAUCUCUGACAGCUUCUUGCUCUCGUCAAAUUCAGAAAUUACGACGAAAAACUGUAAAAUACAAACUCGAAACUUUAACUUCAGAUUCGAUUUCUGCUUCAUUUGUCAUGAAAUAAAAAAGGGAAUGGGCCUCAUCUGGCCAUGAAACUGCAAUCAAUGGUCCAAUAAAUAAUGUACCUCAAAAAUGGGAGCCUGUGUAUAAAAAUUACUGUAAUUUUCAAACAUUUAAUGCACAGUUGUUGUAAAAAUUAAAGAUGAAAGUCUGCACUUCAAUCACAUCGUGUCUAUUUGAUUUAAAAUCGAUUGCAGCGGUGUGCAGGGCCAAAACUACAAAACCCAUGUCAAACAAAUAUAGAACUAGCUGUAGAUGCAAGGACGGCCUCGUACAAAAACCACUUCUCUUUGCAGAUCUCUACAACUCUGCAGUUUUUCUGUCCUUCGGCUCAUUGUUUUGGCUUUAUGGACAGAAAUAUUUUCUGCUUUCAUUCAUUCUCACUGCUAGUUUCAAGUAGCAGCUCUAGCAACUGUUUGCAAGUAGGCUCUGGUAAAUCCACUGCAAACCACCUGCUUACUAUUUAAUGAGAGACCCCUGGCGAGCUGGUGGAGGACAAAAACGGAGCUAAAAGUAGAAUUUUUAUAGAUAUUUCUAUUAGCUGGGCGGAAAUAGCCUACCUUAAAUUGGAUGUUGUUUACUACAUCAUAAGAAGUUUAGGGUAUUGCCGAGGAAAGCGAGACUAUAGUUUAAAUACAUGAAAAUAAAAUAAAUAAAAAUGUUAACCAAACACAAACUGAAUAAAUCAAAUAGUAAAAUAUUGUAGUAGAAACGAAAAUCUUGAAAUGUGCUGAAAUGUAUUUCAUCAUUCAUACAUUUAAAUUCAGCUGAGGUGGGCUGAAUUUUUAAGCAGGUGACUCUUUUCCGUUUUUAUACACGGAACGUGAAUGCAGCGCAAAACUGCCCGAGUACGAGAGGGAGAGAGAGAGCAGAUGAGCCCCAAUGAUCAGAAGCCGGGUCUUCUUUCAAACACACACACCUCGCUCUACAUCCUCACACACAAAUGCCAGCACACUCACACAAACGCGAUCCAGUAACCACAGCUCCAUCAGUCCGACCCGCUCGCCGCUGCUGGUGGCUGCCUUCGCCGACACGCAGAGCUGGAUGCCCGCUGUGGCAGGAGCUCCUGCUGGCUCUGUAGCACAAAGCAGAGGUGAGGGGGAAUCCGGGGACUCCAUUUGGGAGGUGAGAGAUAAUUCCGCGGCAUUGCUGGGAGGAGCAGAGAACGGUGAGGGAAGGUGAGUGAAUGCACUUCGGUCCAGCUGCUGCUGCUGCUGCGGGAAGAGGAGGAGGAAGAAGAAGCCCAGCGUCUGGAGAGGCUGGAGGACCAACACUGUAACAUCAACCUGCACAGACUCGGAGGAGACGGCCAGCGGAGACCAGGGUACCUCCAGGCUCAGAUGUGGAGGGAGAGCCGGUCAACUUGUAUUCCUGGGUGUCUGGCUCAGUGAUUCGACCCCAGACAGGAGACGAAGGGAAAGGACGUAAGGAUGGCCACGAGGGCCAGCCUGGGUCAGGAUGUAGGCUGGCUGCUGCCUUUCCUUUUCUUGUUACUAAUGAUCACAGUGUCACCUGCCCAAAGCCAAGGAUGUCCCCAGCGCUGUGAGUGCAUUGCUAAGCUCAAGACUGUGUCUUGUUAUGGUAAACGCUUGUCUGCACUGCCAGAUGGAAUCCCACUGGACACCAAGAUCCUGGACUUGAGUGGGAAUAAACUGCGUUGGGUAGAACACGGAGACCUGCUUCCGUAUUCACGUCUCGAAAAGCUAGACCUGAGUGAGAACAUGAUCAGUGUCCUGGAACCAAAUGCUUUUUCUAGCCUUCAGAACCUUAAGUCGCUUUCACUGAGGGGUAACCAACUGAAGCUGGUCCCAAUGGGAGCUUUCUCCCGUCUCUCCAACCUAACUUCAUUGGACCUUAGUGGGAAUAAGAUUGUAAUUCUGUUGGACUUUACUUUCCAAGACUUGAGAAGUUUAAAGAACUUGGAGGUCGGUGACAAUGAUUUAGUUUAUAUCUCUAACAAGGCCUUUCUGGGUUUGGUGGGACUGAAGGAAUUGACAAUUGAGAGGUGUAACCUGACUUCGGUGUCCAGCCAGUCUUUGUCUUACCUGCAUAACCUGGUGACUCUGCGGCUCCGCUACCUCAGUAUCUCUGCCUUAGAGGACCAAAACUUCCGGAAGCUGGGAAACCUGAGGGGCCUGGAGAUUGAUCACUGGCCCUUUUUGGAGUACAUCUCUCCCCACAGCCUGCAGGGUCUCAACUUGUCCUGGCUGUCUAUCACGCACACCAACAUCACCUCUGUGCCCACCUCUGCCCUGCGUAGUUUGGCUCACCUCACCAGCCUCAACCUAUCUUACAACCCCAUCACUGUGUUGGAGUCCUGGGCAUUGCGGGAUCUCGUAAGGCUGAAGGAGCUGCAUCUAGUCAAAACCAACCUGGCAGUAGUGCAGCCCUAUGCGCUCGGUGGUCUAAGGCAAAUCCGCCUUCUUAACCUUUCCUCUAACAGCCUGGUGACCCUGGAGGAGGGAGCCUUUCAGUCUGUCAACACUCUGGAGACGCUGCGUUUGGAUGGAAACCCUCUGGCCUGCGACUGCCGCUUGCUCUGGAUCCUUCAGCGGAGGAAGACCCUGAACUUUGAUGGUGCCUCCCCGGUGUGUAUGACACCUGUUGAAGUGCAAGGACGUGCUCUCAAUGCUUUCUCUGAUUCCGCUCUCUUUGACCACUUUACUUGUCAGAAGCCCAAAAUCCGCAACAGGAAACUGCAGCAGAUAUCUGCCCGCGAGGGACAGGUAGUGUCAUUUAUUUGCAGAGCAGAAGGUGAGCCCACACCGGUGAUAUUCUGGAUUUCUCCUCAGCGCCGCCGCAUCACCACAAAGAGCAGCGGCCGCCUUACCGUGUUACCAGAAGGCACGCUAGAAAUCCGCUACGCCCAGGUCACAGAUAGUGGGACGUACAUUUGCAUAGCCAGCAAUGCCGGUGGAAAUGACACAUAUUUUGCCACACUUACAGUGAGUGGGCUGCCGCUGGAUGCAGCCCUCAUGGCCAACCGCACCUACUAUGCUGGGGAUCUUAAUGACACAAAUCUGAAUGAUACCAGAGUCUUCUUGAAGUUCACUCUGGACCUCAAGACGAUCCUCAUAUCUACAGCCAUGGGCUGUAUCAUGUUUCUCGGGGUAGUCCUUUUCUGUUUCAUUCUGCUGUUUGUGUGGAGUCGAGGGCGAGGACAGCACAAAAACAACUUCUCGGUAGAAUAUUCUUUUAGAAAAGUGGACGGGCCUGCAGCCAGUGGAGGACAAGGUGGAGCGCGGAAGUUCAACAUGAAAAUGAUUUGAUUUGUUUUAGUGUUCUCUCCUCAGUGCUGAUUAAAAGCACACAUUAAAGUUGACUGCUGUGCUUGAAGAGCAUCAACGUCAAAUCUAUAGGACAUUUUAUUCUUUGCGAGACCUUGAUAUAUUUCUAUAGCUCUUUCUUGUGUAUUCACAUUAUUGUGCAGAGAAAAGCUAUAUUAUCAUCGAAUAUGUUUUAAACUCUUGAACAGACUGUUAAAAGACCAAUCGGCAAAGUCCCAUCUACACUAUCUUCAUGCUCCGACCAGCUCAGUCCUGCUUCCCUACGAGGAAUUCUCCCCCGUUCAUCUCAAAAGGAAUAUACCCUUCUCCUCCGUCUGCUCUGUCUACAAACCGGUGAAUACAUAAUAUUAGGGUGGUGCUCAAUAAAUGCCAAGGACAUGCCAAUAUGUAUUUUAGUAGUUCCAGCUAUAUACUGCAUAUUUAGACUAAUUCACAGUCAUAAGUUGAGCGCAACAAUAUAUUCGCUCUGCUUGAAGACAUUUUGCUGAUGGUGGGUUUGUACAGAAUAUAUUACACUUAGAGUACUCUCUGCAACACUGCCAAUUCGACCGGAAAGCACCAAGUAAUGUCACUAUCAGUCCAAAGGCACGGCAAAAAGAAGUUUCACAUCAAUAGUUACAGCUUGAAGUUGUUUAAAAUGACAUUCUACAGAUUUUUAGCUACAGUGGGACCCGGUCCACAGUGAUGUGGUGACAAAUCAGCACAUGCCAAUACACGUUUGCUAGUCAGAUUUCCCAUUGUUGUUCAGUAAAGAACUCCAGCUUCCUCCUAAUCUGCAAACAUGUGUAUAAAAUUAAAUGCAUGUACAGAGUUGGCUUCUUACUUUGAAUAACUUGUAUCAUUUGUAAAGGAAACACUCAUAGGGGUGCAUAAGAUGUAUUAUAUAUUUUGUAAUUACGGACCUUGAAGUUCUUGUGGUCGUUUAUAGUACUGUUGAGUGAUUAAUAAGGUUUUAAUGUUAUGCUGUUAUUAAAGUGUUGAAGUCCCAUUCGGAAUGACUCAUAACAGUUCAGUUAGAAGCGUUUUAAUUUUUAUUUAGUUUCGACUGAAACAUACAACCCACUCCCCGAGCUUACUCACUCAGCAAAUCAUGAAGGGCAUUUGCAUCAAGUUUCACUUCUUUUACCUAUUUGUAGCUGUACAAACAACACGAAGGCUUGUCUGGCCUGUGGCUGAAGAAAGUCUAAUUGCAUUUGAAUCAUUCAGUGUAAAUGCUUAAAAAAAAUCUUUGCAAAACUCUAAAUGACACCAGCCAAAGUCAUUUGAGGAAUGCUGAAUGAUACAAUCAACAUCAAAUAGCUGCAUGAUAACUGUGACUAACAUUGAUGCCUAGAUGCUGAUAAAAGAGGUCACCCGCAUGCCGUUCUGCCCUCAAGGUCUAUCUCAUGAUCUGUGGGUUUAGGGCUGGGACCCAAUGUCAUCAUCACAAACCAUUUAUUUCUGUUUAGCUUUGACUGCUGAGUUCUAACAGUGUUGUUCUGCUGCCCUCUGUUGACUAAAACGAGUAUUGUACUUUUCACUAUUUCUAUAGUGCGAGCAGGGUUUUACUUACUACUAAGUAAUUUUUUUUUCAGUUUCUCAAAAGGCAAAUGUGGAAUUCAGCAAUGUUCGACCUAAAUCAGCGUUGGAAUUAAAAAUGAAUUUAUUGUUGCUCAACAGUAUACCCUGCCUCUUCAAACAAACUGAGUCCCGUGUGUCAACAACAUAGACACUGCACAACUAAUUUUACAAACAAACUUAUUAAUACUGAACUUUGAAUACAUUCGUGGACCGAUCUCACAUCAGUUAGCCUUCCUGUUUGUAUUUUUCAAUAUGUAAACACUUUGGUUUCAGUUGUAAUUUUCUUUUCCUCCCCCCGAUCCGUCCUGUAAAUAUGGAAACCACUGUGUAUGAAAAUUGUGCUAUACUGUUUUGUACUUUACCGUUUUAUAAAUAAUGAAGUACACUGUUUAUAAAGCAUGUGAUAUUAUCUGCUACAAUCAUGUCUUGUCCCCUGUUCCAUUUUAAUAGCAGCUGGCCAGCGAAUCAGUCUGUACGGUGGCGAUCUCAGGAGUGUAUCGAUAGACCUGUGACCCACCCCCUAACCCCCUUUGAAAUUUGUUUAGAAAAUUCUGUGCUUUUAUUUGCUUCUCUUUCCCCAGGAAGUGCUCAUAUUUUAAUUUAAAAAGAAAGUUGCAUCAGAACGAUUGAUGUGCUAUCAGCACCACAAGUAAAGAUAUAGAGCUCAGCAGAAAGCAUUCUUGUCCAGACUUGAUCGAUGAGUAAGCGUGAUAUAGUGUCUGGGGAGGGUUAUUACUGUUCAUUUUCUAUGCAUUCAUCAAAAGUUACAAAAAAUAAAUUCAUUUUUGUGAGCAGAUAAAGUCAACUCUGCAUUCACACUUUCA